AUGGAAACGCUUAAAAGCAUGUUCUUUAGCGGCGAGGCAUCACAAACAAAGGCUGUCAAAUGGUUGGGCAUGGGCGCGAACAGAGCUGGCAAAAGCGAUCAAAUGUUUAUUAGUUCCGAAGCCUCAAGUCAAGUGCUUCAGCCGCUAGGAGACACAACGAUUAAUCUUAUUUCAAUAUUUGGGGCUGCUCGACAGGGCAAGUCCUUUCUUAUGAAUCUUUUGGCUGAUCAGCAGGAUCUUUUCAAGAUCUCCAAUCUUCGCGAACCUUGUACACAGGGUGUUGAUCUGUCAAGUCAUUUUGUACCACUUAGUACGUUCAGCGGCUUUAAUGGAUGUUCAGCCAUUACUUCCAAGAAAAGUAAAGACAUUCACAUUGGAUUUGUGGAUGCCGAGGGACAGGGAGACCGGGAUAUAACGUAUGAUUCACGACUAGUGUCGCCUGUCCUGCUUGCAUCCAAGGUCGUUCUUUUUAAUUGGAAAGACAGUUUGCAAGCCGAUAGAAUGCUAAAUCUGUUAGCAGUACUGGCCCGUGCGGCACAGGGCAUUGAACUCGCGGAUGGAGCUAACACGAAAGUGUUUGGACAUUUGCAUUUAGUGUUUCGAGACUGGAGUUUUGUCAACUCGACACCUGAUGAAGUUUAUCGAGAUUUAUUCCAGAAAGAAAAGGGACGAAGUGACGAAGUAAAUGUGCGCAAUUUAGCUCGCGUGAACCUUAUUGAGGCUUUUGAAUCGAUCAAUAUCUGGCUCUUUCCAGCACCAGUGGCUAACACGGCGAAUUUAAAAGACAAGAUUCGUUUUGAUCAACUGCAAAGGCCUUUUCAAGAGAAGCUGCGUGAAUUGCGCAAGUGUUUGUCUAGUCAACUACAGGAACCGAUGAAGUUUUAUCAACGACCGCUGACAGCAAAGUAUUUGUCACAAAUUAUGCCAGCGCUAGUUGAUACGUUAAAUAGCGAUCAAGUAAUUAUGCCGGAGUCAAUUUACUCGUCAAUGGUACGAGCAGAGGCCGAAGCUGCAAAGACAAACUGUGAAAAGGAGAUUUCAGCUUAUUGUGAAGCUGCUGGGCUUGAAGAGUUGCUCUCGAGCGAUGCGUUUGACAAAAUGCUACAUAAAGAUGUUGCAAUCAUAAUAGCUGAAGCAUUCGAGAAUAUGAAAACCUUCCCAUCCACAUUACGCAAGGACAUCAGAGCUUCUCUUCAUGCAUUUGCAGAGAAGGAGAUCACCAUUGCUUUACAUGCAAACAGUGAAAAAAUCGCUGCUCAUUUGUCGAAACAAGUGGAUCUUGCAUUUCAGACUUUACGACAGGAAUGCCAAGUCAUUGAGAGAACAAAGAUUCCAAUGAAGGGUGCAGUCCUUCGUCAGGAAUGCACAGACUUGCUUGACCGCGAAUUGCAACGCCUAAAGCAACUUCCAAUCGGACUGCAAGGAGCUCGCGGAUUGGAGAUUGAAUGUAAUCGUAUUCGACAAAGUGCAAGUCUUCUCUUCGACAAGCUGGAGGUAGCAAAUGACAAAGCAAUUCAGCAAUCAACAAGUGUGCUGAAUGAAGCAGUGCAUGCUGCGAAAGUGCGAAUGAGGUCCGAAAUGCACGACAACCUUGAUAAGCGAUUUUCUGCAAGGCAUCCCAUGACGGUGACGAAGCUACAAAGUGAAGUUGAGACACUUUUCGCACGAAUUAUGGGUGAAGUGAUUCGAAAAGCGGGUCAUGUCAAAGAAUUUGGUGUAUCGAAUUUUCGUGCCGAUCUUGAACACUACAAGGCACAACUAGUGGAUGAUAUGAAUCGGCGUUACAUAAUUGAGAUGCGCCAGAUUCUCCACGAAGUAAGCUAUGAAGCUCGAGAAGACUUAGGCAAGCAAAUCACAUAUCGCCUUGAGGGGAAGCUCCCGAUGGCAGUAGAAGACAUUAAGGCGGCUAUUGAUGGUGCAGCUAUUCACGUCAUGAAAGCGAUGUCUGAAAAGCUUCAAGGCUGGACUAUUUUAAAGAGUGACCUUGAGGCGAAAAGUAAGGCGCUUGAAAAACUCGGCGACGAUCUUGCAGAUAAAUAUUUGCAGUGCAAUCAACAGUUGGAAAAAGAUGCUGGCUUGCGUCAAGAAAUGGAGCAGUACGAAAAGUUAAGGCUCGAAGUCACGCAGGCAUUUGAAAAUCAACUUCAAAAACUUGAGUUUCCUACCACUGAUGAUCAAAUUGAGUCGGUAUUUCGUCACGCUUUACAAGAGCACGCUGCCAAGUUUUUAUCGACUAUUGCUGAUCGCGAAGCCACCCAGUUCACUGCAAAGGGAUUGCGUGAAAUUUUAACUAGUGAUUGCAAAGCAGCUGUGGAUAACCAAAAGAUGUUGAACCAGCUUGCUAUUGAAAAGAAAGAGGCAUUAGAUCUAGCGGAAAAGGAAAGACGUGCGCGUGAGCAAGAGCGUCGAGCGGCAGAGCAGAAGGAAGCGGAAAUCAACCGUCUCAAGAGUAACCAUACGAAGUGGCUUGGUGAGAAAGAAGACGAAUCAAAGCGACUUCGCGACAAGCUGCAAGAAGAGGAACGGAAAGCGCGUGAACUUCAGCAACGAGUAGAAGAAAUGAAGCUGCAGUCAAUACAGAUGGAAAGACAAAAUCAAGAGGAACAGCUGAAAUCAUUGGAAAGUGCCCGUCUCAAAAGUUUGGCGAAGGAGAAAGAGGCUGCGCGUUUAAAACGCGAUCUUGAGGAAAUGAAGCGCAAGGCCGCAGAGGUUGAAACUCAGAAGUGUCAACUAGAGGCUCAAGUCACUUCUGAGGCAACGAAGAAAGAUGAAGCUCAAGAGCUAAAGCGGCAACUGGAAGAGAUGAAGUGUAUGAUUGCGCAAAAGGAAAAAGAGCGUGCAAACAUGGAACUUCAAGUUCAGCAAGAGCAAGCGUCUCGUAUGCAGGCAGAGAUUGCGGCACAACAAGCAGCGAAUGCAGCUGAGUUAGCCGCCCGGGCUGCAAUCGAAGCUAGUCGACAUCAGCCAGCUGAAACGAUAGAAGUCGGACGUAAGCGACCAUUAACCAGAAGGGGAUCAGAAGAUGUUGAAAUGGACGAGGCUGAAUGUAGCACUGCAAAGCCUUCUCCAACACCUAAAAAGCCGCGUGGAACCAGCAAAGUGAAAGCAGCAGCCACCAGAACCAAUAGGCAAAAAAUGUCGCUGGCUGAGGCGCGCAAAGCGGCUCAGGAAGAAGUUGAAAAACGCAUCCAAGAGCGUGCAAAGUUGCUAUCAUCGAGAAAGAAGAAAUAA